CACUGUGCUUUUCUUAAUGAACACUGGAAACUGCAUCUGUUGGAGGAUGGUCCUCUCACUGGCGGCUUGGGGCUUGGGCUGCUGCCCCUGAGGAGUGCAGCCAGCCACCCACUCUGGAUCUCAGUGCUUCCUGAGUUUCCCUCUGCCCUCCUGCUGCCCUGCUGGCCUCCAGCUCUGCUGCGUGUCCACUUCCCUUCUUACACCAAGCCGGCGUCUCCCGUCCUGAUCAAGAAGGCCGCCACCAUGGGUGAGGAGCUCGUGAAUUCCACCGACAGUUACUACGGGACCGACGACUACCCCGAGCUGCCCGAGGACCCCAGGGCCCUGCUGUGCUCCCUGCAGGAGGUCCGGCAGUUCUCCAGGGUCUUCGUGCCCAUCGCUUACUCCCUGAUCUCCGUCUUUGGCCUGCUGGGCAACACGCUGGUGGUGCUCACCUUCGCCUUCUAUAAGAAGGCCAAGUCCAUGACGGACGUCUAUCUGCUGAACAUGGCCAUCGCGGACAUUCUCUUCGUCCUCACCCUUCCCUUCUGGGCUGUCACUCACGCUUCCAACGCCUGGCUGUUCAGCAACGCCAUGUGCAAGCUGAUGAAAGGCAUCUACGCCGUCAACUUCAACUGCGGGAUGCUGCUCCUGGCCUGCAUCAGCAUGGACCGGUACAUCGCCAUCGUCCAGGCCACCAAGUCCUUCCGGCUCCGCUCCAGAACACUGGCGCACAGUAAGGUCAUCUGCCUGGCCGUGUGGGUGGUGUCGCUGGUCGUCUCCAGCUCCACCUUCACCUUCAACCAGAAGUACAGCACGCAGGGCAGGGACGUCUGCGAGCCCAAGUACCAGUCGGUGUCCGAGCCGCUCAGGUGGAAGCUGCUGGUGCUGGGGCUGGAGCUGUUGUUCGGCUUCUUCGUCCCGCUGCUCUUCAUGGUCUUCUGCUACCUGCUCAUCGUCCGGACCUUGGUGCAGGCGCAGAAUUCCAGACGGCACAGGGCCAUCCGCGUCAUCAUCGCCGUGGUUCUCGUCUUCCUGGCUUGCCAGAUCCCGCACAACAUCGUGCUUCUUGUGACCGCCGUCCGGAUGGGCAGAACCGACCGGACCUGCGAUGGCCAGAAGCUCAUGGGCUACGCCAGGAACGUCACGGAGGUGCUGGCCUUCCUGCACUGCUGCCUCAACCCGGUGCUGUACGCCUUCGUGGGCCAGAAGUUCAGGAGCUACUUUCUGAAGAUCGUGAAGGACUUGUGGUGCGUGAGGAGGAGGCCGACGUCCGCGGGCUCCUGCGCCAGGAUGUACUCAGAGACCUUCGCCUCCAGGCAAACCAGCGAGACCGUGGAGGACAACGGCUCCUCCUUCACCAUGUGACUGUGGCCCGCGGCGAGACCUGCCCGCCGACGUCGUGAGGAAGCAGACCCAGGGCCCAGACGCGCGGCAGCGUGCCGGCUGACCCCACCAGGCGGGCUGCGCUCUGCGCUCCUGGGCCCUGUCCGGGUGCUCCCGGCCUGUCCCUCUGCACCAGGCGGCGGGUGGAUCUGCAGCAGCUUUCCCACGCGCUUGACCGAAGGCUGGGGGCUCUGGGGUCUCGCAGGGUUGGGGUCCACAAACGGGCCUUGGAAUGUUCAAGUGACUUGUUUGCGAAUAUGAACAUUUUCAGAGAUACUCAUGGAGCGGCCACAGAUCCCGGUGGCUCCUGGUUGUGGCGCAAGAUGAUGGCUUGUCUGCAAAGCCAGCAGGAGCCCUCCCGCGGCCCGCUGCAGGCAGACAGCCGGGCACUUCUCCAUCCCGACGCUUUGUGUUGCUGAUCGUCAGCAGCCAGCUCUUCUAUCUCAUUUCCCUCGGAUUCACUCAGGAAAAGCCAGGAAUCAAACUGUGGAAGAAGGAGAAGCCGUAGCACCACCUGGGAGACUGAGCAGGUACCAGUGCGACUGUCCCCGGACACAGGGCAGCGGGCUGGCAGGGCACGUCACACACUCUAACUCCCGAGACGCUGUUCUCUGUGGUGGACUUGCCUCGGAAGGGUCUGAGGCCCAGUCUGUGAAGAUGGUCUCCCUGCGUCUUACAAAUUGUUAGCUCUGGCCUUCACUUGGUUGCAGCGUGCAGAGGAGAUAAGUGUUGGGUAAAUUGUAAUAAAAUGGAGUUUAUUGUGCAGCUUUAAGUGCUAGAUAUUUUAAGUUACUUUUAUGAAUAGUAUACUUUUUUUAAGCAGAAAGAAACUUUCUGAGACAAUACAGAAAGAACUUUCCUUCUGUUUCCCUACCGGACUUGAAGAAGGCCGUGUGGUCAGGGGCUUGGUUAAGAAGAGCUUCAGAUUACUUAGCGUAUGCUUAGCAGUGUGCUGGCCCCUGAGACGGACUUCUUUAAAGUGGCUGUACCCAAAGUCUGAGGUUAGCUUGGAAUCGGAUUUCAACAACUCUCUCCCACUUUGUGGAAAGAUCCUAGAACUACUUUUUAAAUUUGCUAUGUAAACAUGUAAACAUAGUGGAAAAAUAUCGAUCGGAUCACAAAAAUACAAACGUGUGAGGAAAGUGCUGGUGUGACCUGCGGAACUCUGACAGGCUUAAUUCUGACACACCAGCAUCUGGACUGUUCUGUGGUUCUUGGAGGCUUCGCCUGUUCUCUCUGUAAAAUGCAAACUACUGCCUUAAGAUUCCAGGUCUGUAUUUUUCCGUUGUUGUCUUGGCUUUGCAAAUAAAGCUGCUUUAGUGAAGAAGGUCUUGUCCAGCUUCCAGCUUCCAUAU